AGUCAGCUGCACAAGAGGAAGUAAACGCGGAGUCUAGCUGUUAGUCGGCGUGUUUUUUCUCACCGUACUCUUUUUUACAUCAUUUAUAUUAUAUUUAUUUUAGUUUUUGAUGUCUAUAGAGGAGGCAUGGAUCACCCAGCUUCCAUUUUGGAGGAGUUGAAGCAGUUUGUCGUAGGUGACGCCCCACCGACAGUGUAUUACAUCCCAGAUUUCAUAACAGAGGAUGAGGAGACGUAUCUUCUGCAGCAGGUGUACAGGUCUCCAAAGACUAAGUGGACUCAGCUGUCGGGCAGGAGGCUCCAAAACUGGGGAGGCUUACCGCACCCCAAAGGCAUGCUGGCGGAGAAGAUGCCUGACUGGCUCCAGAAGUACUGUGAUAAAAUCUCCUCUUUAGGUGCGUUCAGCGGGAAAACUGCCAAUCAUGUGUUGGUGAAUGAGUAUAAAGAAGGAGAGGGGAUUAUGCCACAUGAGGACGGGCCUUUGUAUCACCCUACUGUCACCACUAUCAGCCUGGGCUCUCACACACUCCUGGACUUCUACACACCCAUCAGCAGCCUGGAUGAUGAUGAUGGUGAUGAUGGUGAUGAUGUUGGUGGCAAGGAUGCCCCGCUGACAGAGGAAGACCGCUACAUCCUCUCCCUGCUGGUGAAGCCUCGUAGUCUCCUGAUACUGCAGGAUGAAAUGUACCAACGCCUCCUUCACGGCAUCCAAGGCUGCACCCAGGACACCCUGACGGAGAAGGUGGUGAACCUGGCCGCCGCCGGAUGUCUGCCGGGGGAGACGCUGACCAGAGGAACCAGAGUGUCGCUGACCAUUCGGCACGUGCCCAAAGUCAUGAAGACAAAGCUUAUCCUAGGACGGAGAUGAAGAAAGACUACUGCCACAGGAGGUCUCACAGCACGUCUUAAUUAAUUGGAUCCAGAGCUGCAACAAUUAGUCGAUUAAUGAAUUGGUUUCCAACUAUUUUGAUAAUCGAUUAAUUGUUUGUUUGUUUUUUUAAGGCAAAAAGCCCCAAUACUCUGCUUCUAGCUUCUUAAAUGUUAAUAUUUUCUGAUUUCUUUAGUCCUCUAUGACAUUAAACUGAAUAUCUUCACGCUGUGGACAAAAUAAGACAUUUAAAGACUUCACUUUGGGCUCCUUGGACAUUUCACAGCCCAAAUGACUAAACAUUUCAUGGAGAAAAUAAUCGCUUGAUCGACAGUGUUGAUCCCUCUACACUCUAAACCUCUGAAUCUGGAGCGGCUACACAUACAUAAAAGACUGCAACAAGAAUAUCUCCUGAAUAAU